CUGUGUUUACUCGCUCGAAUCUUCUCUGUCACGCUUUCACGGAAUUAUUAAAAGUUGUCCAAAACGGAGUCGAUGUUGGCCCAUCGUUUUUACCGAGUCUUCUAAUUAGAAUAAUAAAGAUUGAAAAAAACAUAAAGAAAUGAUCGAAUCUUGUACGAAGAAGCGAAUGCUGCUAGGUAUUACAUUUUUAGGAGGAUUAACGGUUUUAGCGUUAAUUAUUGAGAGCCACUGGACAAACAGCUCGAAUAAACUUUACGUUGACAAUUUUGAAAAUAAUUCCUCUUGCAUCUCGAGUGAUGAAUAUGAAGUGAUAUCCGAAUGUCAUCCGUGUACAGCUUUUGAAAUUGCUAGCGAAAGUAUCGGCGUUUGUAUUCAUGCGAGAUAUAAGGAAGUGCUAAAGUGUAAAAGUGGGGAAACGAUAACAAGAAGUUGUGACAAAGUAGCUUGGCUGGAAGAAAGAACAUUUUGGAAGUUUGAGGGUUUUAUGUUCGCCUCAGCGAUUAUUUCUUGCCUCAGUACAUAUUGGAGAGAAAAUAUAUUAAGACAGAGAAUGAUCAGAAAAGUAGCAAAACAGUUGCGAAUUAGUGUCUGAAUGCUAUUGGAAACUGAGAAAG